UUCGCAUCGUUCCUUCUGUUCAUCUUGCUUGUGCAAAUAGCAGUUGGUGUUUAUGCGUUCGUAGUUGUUAAAAACGACAACAAUCAGAUUGAUAUUAGAAACGACUAUCAGAAACUAUUCAACAAUUACAGCGAGAACAAAGAAAUCAUUGAUAUCGUCCAGAGCAGUCUUCAAUGCUGUGGUGUCGAUUCUCAACGUGAUUACAUUAACAUUCCUAUUCCGGCAAGUUGUUGUGGCAAGCAAAAUGGAACUUGCGUUAACCAGGACAUCAUAUAUCAACACGGCUGUGUAGAAGAAAUAAAACGCGCGAUUUCAACUGCUGGAACUAUACUUGGUAGUGUAGCUAUUGCUAUUGCUGGUAUUGAGGUGAGUUUUUUUUAUCAAUACAUCCGGUAUUAGCUGUAAAUAAAAUUAGUACUUAUUUUUGCACUUACUUUUAUGAUUAUUUUAUGAUUUCUACUUCUUCAUAUACAUGUCAAACAUAAAGUAUAGUAUAUUACUAUAAAAUGUAGCAUGAACAUGUAAAAUCUGUAUGUACAUUGUAUAUAUCAUAUUUCAGUUGAUCGGCAUCAUAUUCGCACUUUGCUUGGCGAAUUCCAUAAAAAAUGCUGAACGCAGGGGUUACAGAGUGUGAAAUUCAAAAGACAUUGAAAGAAGCAUAUAUUAAAAGUAAAAAGUAAUAUAAUUGAUAACACUACCAUUAAUAAUUUGAUCUUAAGAAGUGAUAGAAGAUGCAGUUAUUGUAUUGGUAUAAAUUUAGACAGUUUUGUAAAUGAUAGAUGAAUGGACAAACAGAGGAAAAAGUGUCUUUUCUUUAAGUUGGGACAUAGUUUUUGUUUAAAUUUUUACUUUGGUAUGUAAUAUAAAAUGUAUUUAAUAUAUUUUUAAUUUUGGUACAUUUUCACUAAAUUGGAUGCUUUUUUUAUGUAUAACAAAUAAAAUAAUUAUAGUAAUAACCUGUCAUUAAUAAUAAUAAUAAUAAUAAUAAUAAUAAUAAUUGGUGCAAAACGUAUAUAGGGAUUCAGUAAGUUUUAUGCCUAUUUUUGUUGUAUAAUUUGUAUAAUUGUAUUUUAUAUAUGUGAUAUAAUAUUUUUUGCACACAAUUACAAAAAAUUAUUAUUGAUGCACCAGAAUAUUAAGUUAUUUUUUAUAAUACAAAAUUAAAGUUUCUAAAAUAUUUUGAUAAAAUAAAAUGUUAAAUAUCGCUAUGCAUUAUGUAGUUCUGCGAAUAUCAUGAGGAAGUAUUUUUAUAAUAAUAUUUUAAAAUAAGUGUUACACACUGCUUUCAGAUGCUUUUACAAAAUACAGUUUAUAUUAUUAUUUGUACAGCACACAUUCAUUAUACUUUCUAAAGGAAUAUAUCGAAAUAUAUAUUUUCCUUGUAAUAAAAUUUAUUGUACCCAAGUUUCUGAAAUUAUUAACGUAUUUUUUUUUUGUCUCUCUAAGGGAAAUUACUCUUACUUUUACGAAACUUGAUCAUAUUUUAAUUUUAAUUUUAAUUUUUGCAUUACUGUUUAAUUAUUAUAGUUAUUUACAUGUAAAUGAAACAUUCAUAUAAUUAAAUUAUUUUUAUUAUUUAUUGAAAUAUUUGUCUAUUUUAAUGGACAAUGUGAUCAAAUGGACUGAUAGUAUUUAUAUAUCAAUAGUAUCUUUAUAGGAACGGUUUUGUAGAUUGAACAUCGAAUAUGCGCCUUUACAUUCGUUAUAUUGUCGUUAUUUAUUAAGUUCAAGAGAGGAUAACUUACAUCUGUUGUGCUAUAAUACAUACUAUUUACAAUGUCCCAAUCACGAGUUUUAUAUCUACCAAUGGAUUUUUUUUCUUUCGAUUGGGAUAGAGGAUCAGUGUUUCAAUGAUCGCAUUUUCAAUAUAAUGCAUCUUACACGUAACUUAUAAUUAUCAUUAAAGGAUUACUCUAAGACUGUAGAACAAAAGUUGCCUUCGUUUGGAACUUCUUCGUUGUAUUUAUUAAAUAUUAUAAUUAAUGACGCAAUAAAAUUCUAGAAUCAUUAAAUUUAAAUAAUAAUAACGUACUGGAGUCCAAUAUAAUAUGUAUAGCUUUUUUUUUUUUUUAUUUCUUUUAACACAUAAAAGGUGAAUACUCUAGUCUCAUCUCAAAUAUAUAUGGUAAUAACAAAUUCUGUGUGAAAACGGAUUAAUGAAAAAUACAACUUUAUAUUCGUACAGUCUCCAUUUCAAAUAUUGAAAAUAUUCAUCGUGUUAUAUAUAUAUUCAUCGUAAAUAUACAUAUAUUUCUACGUGUAAAAUAUUUCAAUUUCUAUCGACUUGAUAUCUUAAACAUUACAUGGACUAUAUUAUUCCUAAUAAUUUGAUCAAACACAAAUUAACCGUUUAUCUCAACCGUUACGUGUUCUUGAAGUGUGAAUCUUGUACAAAUUAUGACGAAAUUAUCCACUUGUGGUACGGCGUCUUGAACCAUAGCGUUACUAUUUCUCUGUUCUGAGUUAUUUUUUAUUUAUGUUAUUUCUAUGGUCGAUGAUACACGCGCCAAGCACAUGUUAAAUAUAUCUGUUUGAAUUUCAACUUUCUCUAUUUUAUUUUACAGUUUAUAAGUAAUACAUUCAUAUUUGCGUUGAAGACGGAACAAAAAGUUAUACGCGCUUGUAGCGUGCAUGUAACACGUGUCUCAUGCUAACAACAGGGUACCAUGUAGUAUGUCCUCAAACGUUUAUCGACGAGAAAGAGUACAAAUUCAUAUUCAUACAAAAUCGUUCAGUACUCUUAAUCUAAAUUUUUCUAAGCUCAAUUUCGGAAGAUGAUGCGCGACAUUUUUCGCGUUAUUUUUCCGUUUGAAAAAUGUAGAAACAGUUACUCUAUCUAAAUAUAUUAAAGAUACGUUUCAAUCGCGGUUUAUUGUAAUCGACCCUCUAUUAUACUCUUAAAAUUUUUUAUGAAACGUAUGUUAAAAUUGUAAAUUAAAUUUCAUGUGCGUAAGAAGUAGAUUUCAUUAAGAUCACCCAGUGUCUUAUGAUCUUGAUAAACAAGAUCAUUAAUGGAAGUACUGUUUGAAAUAUUCAGUGAAGUAUAAUAAUCAUAGUUCCAGUCUAUGAUAUUUUUGUCAUGAUAAUGUACAUAUUACGCUAAUAGUAUUACGCUAUAUAUAUAUAUAUAUAGACCACCUCUUGCACAAUGUUAUCUAUAUUUUAAUUUUUAUGUAUAUGUAAUAACUGAGAUAUCUACUUCCAUCUUGUGAGCAACAGCAUGCUUCAAGUAUGAUGAACUGUUCUAUGAUCUUUUAUGUACAUAAAUUUAAAUGAUAAAAAAUGUUUUUGAAAGGACAUUCAUCCAUUAAUGUUUUGUUCAAAGAAAGUUUUUCACAAAGAAAAUGACCAAUAACUCUUGAAAUUAUAUUUCUAAGUUUUCAUCAGAAAAUUAAAUAAUAUUUUUCAUCUUAUAUCAGACUUAUAAAAAUCUUAGUGAUAUUCAAGAUGCAAGUAGAUAAUGAAUAAUUAUUCUUAUUUAUGAGAAAAUUAAUAUCCUAUUUACAAAUUUCAAUAUUUAUGAAUAUAAUAACAAAGUAAGUAAUUAGACAUCAAAGAAAGAUGUACACCUUGAGAAUCUCUAUUAUAAAUAUAAGCAAACAAUACAGUGAUACCUAAGUUUUUUUCGUUAUUUUGUUUAAUAAUUUAUUUUGUGCAGGAUUAUUUACUUAA